AUGAGUGCUGUUCGGUGGAUAUUUUUGUGCACACUUGUGCUGAUUCAUCAUGGAUCUUCUCAAUUUCUAGAUGACAAUUGUGCAAGUGUUAAUCCCUUUAUUGAGAUUAAGGGGUCUAGUCGCACUCCUUGGCUAGCUGAAAUUCGAUCAAAAUCUAAACUAAUCUGCGCUGGCUCGCUUAUUAAUAAACAGUAUGUCCUGACGGCUGCGAGCUGCAUAGACUCCCAAACCCAACUGGUCGUGCGCUUGGGAAAUUUCGACGGAUCGGUUUCAGACAAUAGCUAUUCCGACAACACCUAUGAGGAAUACCCUGUCUCAAAAGCCUACGUACACAGGUCAUUUGCGUCAGCCACACAUGAACAUAACAUAGGUUUGCUUAAGCUGCCAACGGCGGUCGUGUAUAAGAGCCAUAUAACACCGCUAUGCAUCACAGAAAAUGCCAGUAGAAACAAGUCGCUCACCUUUGAAAUAUCAAACAAGGAUCCUAAAAUUGGCUUUUGGUGCAGUAUAGGAUCAUUGUUUGGAAAUUCUUGUGCUGACAAAAAAAAGCAAGAAUACGUGGCCUCUAAUCUCGUUGGCAGUCCCUUGAACAUAUCAAUCUUUGAAGUGGUUUUAAAGCGCUACGUGCAACAUGGAAUUCUGAGCUAUCGCAAUCCCGAAACAUAUGCUGACGUUUAUACCAAUGUUUUUGCCUAUACGGACUGGAUAAUACCAAUCGCGUUAGAAGAAAUGAAUUGAAUAAUUGAAAUAAAUCUAUAGCAAUAUAGAUUUAAUAAUGGUACUGCGACCAUCAAUAUA